UGCAUACGCCAAACUGUUAAUGGAAAGGUCAAAAUCCUUGACCGCCCUUCUUGUGGAAAACACCGUACCCAUAAGCCCAUACCGGAAAGAAUUAUACGAUGAACAACCAUUGCAAUUGAUGAUAUCCUCAAAUUGAGACCAGGAUUGAGGAAAAUUUUCCCCAUAGGCAGUGUCGCCGAGAAAAUUUUCAUCUUAUUUCAAUCCACCCGAUAUUCAUUCUCCUCCGGCGGUCUGUUCCGGUACCUAGUUCGUGAGAGCUGCUCACCGCUUCCUGUUUAUUUGUUCCCCUGCCAGUGGACCAGGCAGGUUUCGAUAUUUUCGCAAAGCAUCCUGUCGCGUCUCUCAACGUGUCUCCAGUCGUGGGGAAAGCUGUUCCUCGGCGAUCAUGGCUGCGUCUUCCGCCGCCCCCAUCAAAGCGGUCCUGCUCGACAUUGAGGGAACUGUUUGCCCGAUAUCAUUUGUCAAAGACGUUCUUUUUCCAUAUGCGCUCCAAGCUUUGCCUGAUACUCUUGAGUCCGAGUGGGACGCUCCGCAAUUCGCGCCAUACAGAAAUGCGUUUCCUGCAGAAUACGCGUUGACACGUUCGGCAUUCACGGAUCAUGUGAGGGUUCUCAUGAGCCGCGAUGUCAAGGCACCUUACCUCAAGAGCCUUCAAGGCUACCUGUGGGAAAACGGAUACGAGAGCGGCGCGCUUAAGGCGCCCCUAUUCCCGGAUGUUGCCGCGAAAUUCGAGUCAUGGAGAGCGCAUGGGGUCACUAUCGUGAUCUACUCGUCCGGGUCUGUCCCGGCUCAGAAGCUACUCUUCAGGCAUACGAAUGGGAGCCCCUCUGACCUUACCCCUAUGAUCACCGACUUCUUCGAUACUGUCAAUGCUGGGCCGAAGACGGAGCAAUCCAGCUACGAGAAGAUUGCGGGCAAGCACAGUCGGUUUGCUCCGAAUGAGUGGCUGUUCCUGAGUGAUAACGUCAAGGAAGUCGAAGCGGCCGAGGAAGCUGGCCUACAGAGCAUCAUCGUCCAGAGACCGGGCAAUGCACCUCUUCCGGGCGAUGUCCAAAGCAGGUACAGGGUCAUCAGAAGCUUUGACGAGCUAGACGAUUGAUUGAUUUGUAGUGGAGCAAAACACGGCCUAAUUCGUCCCUUGUGGUAGUGAACAUGUUUUGCUCUAGCUAGGUGAACUAGUAGCACACCACAAAUUCACAACUCCUCCACUAGUGAUGUUGGCUAAUGGCGCGUGACUGAUAUCUCGAACGAUGCAAUGAUUGCGAUCAACUCUU